GCAUUUCCAAGUCAGAGUCAUCCUAGUGCUGGUGUUCUCUCGUUACACAGGAGUCAUCUCAUCACAAAUGGCACGGAGUGGAUUUUCUGCUUUCCUCCUUUUCCUUGGUCUGGUGGUUUCUUAUGUGAAUGGAAACACUGACUUGUGUGGAAACAUAUUGAAUGGCAACUUGAGCAAUGCCGGCCUUUCAGAUUUUAACUUGACUGUCUCUCCUGCUCACCUUCUUAGCAAUACAAGUUACACUGUUAAUGUGACAGGAAAUGGCAAUUUCACAGUCCUCUUACAAGCAGUUAAUCAGUCAACUCCAGUAGGGAACUGGUCUCAAGGAACUAGCUGUAAUGGAAGUGCCCUGUUUACUGGUUAUUUCGGAACUAACAAGCUCCUUCAAACAACAUGGACUUCACCAGACAAUGUGAAAAAUGUCACAAUUAAUGCUUUUAUUCACAAUGACACAACUACCUUCCUUUUACAACAAUCAUUAAGCCAAGAUACCAGUCAAACAACUAUAGCACCAGUUACUGCUACCAACUCACAAAAUUCUACAGCACCAGUCGCUGCUACCAAUUCUACAGCAACGACCAGUCGUGUAGCUCAAACCACAAGUGCAGGUUCUAUAGACCAAUCCAGUCUUAUAUCUGUGGCUUUAAGUAUGGUCCUCAGCCUGCUCCUGAUUCCCAACAAGCAUUGCGUCUAAUGGAUGUCGUACAACAGGAUGUUUCAUAGACAUUUUAAAAAAAAAUUAUGUUUUCAGUUAUAUAUACGGUACAUGAUUUAUUGUUCUGAAACUAAAUCUAAUUUCUUAAGAGAAGCCAAUCUAGAUUAUGCCAUGAAAUCUAAGUAUACAUUAAAUUGGUUUUCUGUACAGUAAAAAUAUUCAAAAGAGGGUCAGAAUGGCUUUAAAAAAUUUGAAAAAAAUUCUCACCAAUCGUCUACUGCUCCCAUUCUGAUGCUUAAAGGGUUCC